AUGUCACACCGCAAUAAUCAAGGAGCCGUCAUUGCCACCAUUCUCAACACCAUGUCCUCUAAGGAAGGGGAGUAUCGCCAGGGUGUCAAGCAGAACCAUCAGUUGUCGAAAUCAAUCGGUGAACGCCUGGCCAAAGAUGGACCACUCGAAGAGAUUUUGAUGGCAUUGAACAACAACAAAGGUGGAGGUGAAGAAAUUGUCCCUCCUGGCGAAAUCAAGAGCUUCCUUUCCGAGCAGCAAGGGCGGCUCAAGGCACUUGCCGAACGAAACAGCCUGCGAAACGAGAAAAUUGGGUUCUUUCUCGGAGCCAUCAAUCAACUCCAACAAGGUUUCGAAACUGACAAUGCGCAUGACCAGGAUGUAGACUAUUCCUCCAACAUUGAAAACUUUAUGAAAGGAGAAAUUCAACAAAUGGAAUCCAGCAACAGGGACCUUCAGGGAUCCAAAUUUUGUAAAGAGAUUCGCGCCACUUUAGGAGAAAAUGAGGGCACUGCUGGUGAAGAUGACAUUGAGGUUGUGCGAAACAAUGAAGAGAAUAUCGGCAAUUACAAGUGCUGCAUCACGGCCCAGUGGAUGGAAGAUCCUGUCACCAGUACAACAUGUCAACAUUCCUAUUCUCGUAAAGGAAUCUUGAGCUACAUCAGGAGCAAGGGAGGACAGUGUCCUUGCCCAUUUCCUGGCUGUAGUCAAAUCGUGACCCAAAAUGUCCUGGAAGACGAUGCUGGAAUGGCACGAAAGGUCAAGCGAAAUAGGCGCCGAGUGGAAGCGGAAGAGGAGCAGAAGAAGCAAUCUCAGGCUUUGGAUAUGGAUGAGGACGAUGAAGAUUGA